GCAUGGGGCUCACGAUGGAGAGCCUGAAGGAGGCCAUGAAGUACAUGCUGGAGUCGCAGGGCUUCGACAGAGUGCUCCGCAAGAUGAAACUUCAGUCUGCAGCUCCUGGAAAAGUUGUUUGUGAAAUGAAAGUAGAGGAGGAGCAUACAAACAGAGGUGGCACCUUACACGGAGGUUUGACAGCCACCCUUGUGGAUGUGGUGUCAACAGCAGCACUGCUGUACACAGAAAGAGCAAUGCCUGGGGUCAGUGUGGACAUGAACAUCACAUACACUUCUGCUGCCAAGAUUGGAGAAGACAUACUGAUUACAGCUCAGAUUUUGAAGCAAGGAAAAAAUCUCGCAUUUGCCACCGUGGAUUUAACAAAUAAGGCUACAGGAAAGUUAAUUGCACAAGGUAGACAUACAAAGUUCAUAGGCAAUUAAUAUAAAAAAGUUCUUUAAAUACUAAUAUUGGACUUUAGAAUCCUGUAUAGAAUUAUUUUCUCACUUACGCACUUAUCUGCACAAAGUUGUGAUAGUCUCUAUCGAGUGACUUUGUCUUACUUCUGUAAUAAACGAACAAACUUCUUAAUUACCACCAGAAUUGCUACAAGCCUGGGGUUGGGAUGAACAGCAAGAGUGUGACAACAUAGGGAGGUGGCGCCUAUCUUUUUCUGGUCAAGAUAGCAGAAGGGAAGAACCUUUGGACCUAUGGUUAACCAGCAUGACAGCAUUUUAAGAGAUCUGCUUUCUCUACCUGUGGUGUCGUGUGACAAAGCCACCCUCUCUUCAGGGCUGUCACAGUCACAUUCAAACACCACUAGAAGUGCUCACGAACUGCACUUCUUCUUCGAGUUCCUAUAACAUCAUCCAGAACUGGUUUGAUAGUGUAAAGGAGGCUAACACAAAAUGUGAUUUACUGAUACUGCAAUACGUAUUCAAUAAAGUAUUCUGAAACUA